CAAUAGCUGUCGUGUAUCAAGUGAUCUUGAGUUUAGAAGUAAAAAAUGACAUUUUAUUCCAAAAUGAAAUAUUCUACAUCACCACCAGUUAGUAGGUGUAAUUCACCCGGUCCAAUUGAGACAGGAUCAAAUUUACCUAUGCCAGUAACUUACAGGCAAGAUUGUAUGGGUGCAGCAACAAAAUGUUACAAAUACUUAAGAAAAUUAUUAAAAUUUGAACAAAUGGAUUUCGAAUUUGCUUUAUGGCAAAUGAUUUUUUUAUUUAUAUCACCACAAAAAGUAUAUAGAAAUUUUCAAAGUAGGAAACAAACAAAAUCACAAUUUGCAAGAGAUGAUCCUGCAUUUUUGGUACUAUUAAUGUGUUGUCUAUGCAUAUCUUCCAUUGGUUUUACUAUAGUUUUGGGAUUAGGAUUUCUUCAAUUUGUAAAGCUAUUAUUUUAUAUGAUAUUCAUUGAUUAUCUUGCAGCUGGUUUAAUUGUAGCAACAGUUUUUUGGUUUGUAACAAAUCGUUACUUAAGGAUUGAUAAAACUCAAGAUGUAGAAUGGGGUUAUGCAUUUGAUAUACAUUUAAAUGCAUUUUUUCCACCAUUAAUCAUACUCCAUAUCGUACAGUUAUUUUUAUAUAAUGGUCUUAUAAAUUAUGAUACAUUUUCGUCGCGAUUUAUUGGAAACACAAUCUGGUUAAUAGCUGUUAGUUAUUACAUUCAUAUAACAUUUCUGGGUUACACAAGUAUGGAAAUACUUCACAAGACACAGAUUAUACUGACAACAUUACCAAUAAUAUUACUAAUAUAUAUUAUGACAUUAUGUGCAAGUAUUAAUAUUAGUUAUUUAGUCAUGGAAUUUUAUCAUUAUCGAGUUGUUUAA